AUGGUCGCCACCUCACCGGCGCUGAUUCACCGCCGGUCCCUGAGGAUCGGCAUCGUGGGCUUCGGCCCGUUCGCCCAGUUCCUGGCGGAGGCCAUGCUCCGGCAGGGCCAUUCCCUCACCGCCACCUCCCGCUCCGACCAUUCCCAACGCUGCUCGCAAAUGGGCAUCAACUUCCUCAAGUACAUUGCCUUCUCCGACCCUCCCUCCCUCCCUCCCUCCAUCCCUCCUUCCCCACAUUCCAGCGCUCCGGCGGCGCCGCUGAUGACGGCCACUAUUUCAGGGACGCGACCGAGUUCCUCGAGAAUGAGAACGAAAUCGUCCUCCUAUGCACCUCCAUCGUCUCCCUGGAAGAAGUCCUCCGCUCGCUCCCCAUCGGCCGCUGCCGGAGCCCUCGCCUCUUCGUGGACGUCCUAUCGGUGAAGGAGCACCCGAGGGAGCUCCUCCUGCAGGCACAUUACAACUUUACGUCUCUCUAAGCCCCUCCGUCUUCUAGGGUUUCCGCCAUGGCUGAAACCGACUGUGCCCGCCGCAGUUGCUGCCGGAGGAAGCGGACGUCCUCUGCACUCACCCGAUGUUCGGGCCGGAGAGCGGGAAGCACGGCUGGGCGGGGCUGCCGCUGGUGUUCGAGCGGGUUCGGAUCAGAGACCACCCCCUCUGCGUGGAGUUCCUGGAGAUCUUCCAGCGGGAGGUAAGCCCUAGCUAGCCUCUUUUAGAUCCUUUCCCUAUGGAACCCUGCUUAUCCAUGCCGGUAGAAACUCCGUUUCAGGGUUGCAGGAUGGUGGAGAUGCCAUGCGAGGAGCACGACCGGAUGGCGGCUCGCAGCCAGUUCCUCACUCACACCGUCGGGAGGUGAGCUGCUCUUCCUUCUUCAACCACCAGCGCGUACCAUCUGCUCCUGGUGUGAUCUGCCCAGAUCUUCUCUUAUCCUGCAGAGUUCUGUCAGAGAUGGAGCUAGAGCCGACACCCAUCGACACCAAGGGGUUUCAGACGCUACUUCAGCUGGUAAAUUGAAGCAGCAUUUGCUGUUACUUGAUAAAAAAUAUGACACUAGCGCAUUAUAUCAGGUUAUAGUGUGAGAUUCUUGAAUGAUUAGUCGGAUCUUGAGAUUUGCAGAGGGAUAACACGUUGAAGGAUAGCCUGGACUUGUACCUGGGGCUGUUCCGGCACAAUAAGUUCGCCAAGGAAGAGGUACCGGACUUACCCAGUUGCCCACCGCCGUCGCCUUCUCCGAUCUCGCUGCCGGUUUCAAAGGUCUUUUCCAUGGUUUUGUGGCAGCUGGAGAAGCUGGAGGCCGCAUUCCAGUCCGUGAAGAACAGGCUAAUGGAGAAAAUCAGCGAAGAAGCGUUGGCCGCUCAGUCUGCUGUUCCAUCAUCAGCCAGCGCUGCAAGGGGCCGGGCUUGA